UUUUGUUAUUCCCAGUUAGACAGUGUGUAGUAUAGUACCUAGGCUAUAAAGCUGUGCUGGCUAAAAAUGAUGGAUUCUUUUUUAUACGAUUAGCUAGAAUCACUAAUUACAAGGCCUUAACUCCUUAAAGUAUUUUCAACAAAAAAAGCUGUACUAUUGGGCCUAUCAUAACCAAUCCUAACUACAGAAAAAUAUAUAGCUAGUUGGUCUAUGAUCUGUGUAACAACUCAUGAUUGAAUCAUGAAAUCUUGCCCUAGACCUUGCACCAAUCAUACAUCACUUCACUUUUUCCUUGUGUUGAGUUAGUUGAGAUGACAUCACUGUUUCUUGUCGUAGUCAUAUUCAAUUGUCUGUCUGUCAUGUCAUUCAGGUAAUAUAUAUACAAAUUGAAUCAAUACAAUGUGCAACAAAAGCUGUCAGAAAACCUCUUGCUAAAUGCAAGAUCCCACAAUCACAAUCCUUCGAUUGACAGAAAUCAAAAAUGAGGUCUUCGAUUGGCCCCACACAUCCCCAGACAAUAAGAUAAAUUUAGCUCUCUAUAAUACCAAAACAACAAAAGACAAUAAUAAAAAGCCCCCCUCUUGCGAAAUGUAGCGUAUAAACGUACAAUUACGGACACGUACAAUUACGGACACUUUAGUAAAUUAAAGUUUUCCACCACUUAACCUUGUAUUUCCAACUUUAUUUCACGAUGUCUUGACUCUCCUACUCAAAGCCGUUAUGAUUAAUAGGUUUCGUUCGAUUUGCCUCGCUGUUUCAUACCAAAACAAUGGAUUUAAAAAACUCGCUUCUUUUCGCUGAUUUUUGGUUUCGCGCGACGAACUUAUUCUAACAAAUCAUUUUCUAUCUUAUUAAUCAAGGUAAUUAUUAUUUCUUAUUUUAUUUUAUUUUAUUAUAUAAUAGCUAUACUAACAUAAAAAAUAUAUAUGGCAGAUUUUUAGCGACCCGAAGUGUGUUUUUUGGCCUCUGGAAAAAAAGCAAAAUGUUAUGGCAAAAUCACGCUUUUUUCUCAUAGUUUGUAUAUGUGCGCAAUAUGAUUAAACUUAAAAUAUAGUGUUAUUUAUGACCUCUCCUUCUGUACAUCAUUUCUUUUUAUGAUUUUAUGUUAUAAAAUCUCUUUUUGCUUCAAUACCAUGUAUUUCGCAUUAUUUUAGCCAUUAAGCUUUGGUGAAAUGGGCCCAAAACAAAAAUACAAAAAGUGGUCCGAAGAAGAUUUGAGUAACGCCCUACCAGCAGUUAAGGAUGGCAUGUCAUUAAAUAAGGCUCAAAAAGAAUUCGGCGUUCCAAAACAGACCUUAUCCGACCGAAUUCGGGGAAAGUAUAGAACAACGAAGGCAGGAAGGAAAACAGAAAUGACACCGGAAGAGGAGACGAUGUUAAUUCAUUAUAUCAAAUACAUGGCUUCUAUUGCACACCCGUUAAGUAUUUCAGCAAUAAAAGCUUUUGCAUGGAACAUCGUAAAACGAAGCAAGCGUACCAGCUCGUUCAACCGUGUCAGUGGUCCUGGUCAUACUUGGUGGGACAGUUUCAAGAAACGUCAUUCGCGAGAAAUUACCCUGCGAAAACCCGACGGCCUCGACAGAGGACGUUCUAGAAUGGCCAAUGUGACUGUUAUAAAACAGCACUUUGAUCUUUUAAGAAAAACAUUGGUCGAUCUUGAUAUCCUCGAUAAGCCAGAUCGAAUCUUCAAUUGCGACGAGUCAGGUAUCUCCAUGGAUGCUCGCGUUGGAAAGGUUGUCGUCUCAAGAUCAACUAAGCACCCCUACUCUGAGAGCAAAGGAAAUAGGGAUCACAUCACUGCCCAUGUCGCUGUAUCAGCUGCUGGAGUGCCGUUGCCUCCAAUGAUAAUUUUCGAAAAGGCUUUCCCAUCCGGUCCUUAUGCUAGAGAUGGUCCUACCAAUGCUCUAUACGCCCAUUCGCCAAACGGCUACAUGGACAUCGAGCUUUUUAAACAGUGGUGUGAAAAGCUGUUUAUUCCUCAGACAAGAUACAUACAAAAACCAAUAUUGUUGAUCUUGAAUGGCCACGGUUCUCAUCUCGAUAUAGAGAUGAUAGAUAUGCUAGUGGAGAACCAAAUCCACUUGUACUGUUUGCCCCCUCACACAACCAAUAUACUCCAGCCAUUGGAUGUGUCGAUUUUCAAGCCUCUAAAGGUGCAUUUCUCAAAAAUUACAGAUAAUUUGAAGCUUGCAACCAUGGGCCACACUGUUCCACUAACUGUGUGUAAAACAAAUUUCACUGCGAUAUUUAAGGCAGCGUUUGAAGGAUCGAUGGGGAUCACCAUUAUUAAAAAUGGAUUUCGGAAAACAGGGAUCUGUCCAUUCAACCCUGACGCCAUCGACAAGGAGCGAUUAAUGCCAGACAACAGCAUUGAUUUUAUUUCGUCCGCUCCGAAUGGAAACAAUACUGCAACAUCCACAACACCAGCAGUACCAGGUUCUUCAACAGGAGCAUCUUUUAAUUCGUUGCACGGUGGCUCUUUUUCUACACCAGUAAUACCUUCAACAGAUGCUUCUACUCCACCGCCCUCGUCGAUUGCAACAACACCAACCAAUCUUCUCACUGCAGCAAGCCCUUUCACCUCCACUCCAACAACACCUGUAAAUCCUCUCGUUGCAGCAGGUAUUAUCCCAGUGUCUUUGGUUGAUGCCUUUAUAUUUCCAGCGCCAAAGCCUAACAAACAAAAGAACACCAGGAUUAUUACUAAGUCGAGAGUUCUCACAAGCGACGAGCAUCAACAAUCGUUUCGAGAGAAGGUGGAGAAGAAAGAGUUGGAAGAGAAGGCAAAAGAAGAAAGGAAAAAGGAGAGAGAACGAAAAAAAUUAAGUAAAGAAGCUCUGCAGUCCGAAAAAAAAAGGCAAAAAAGGGUUAUGUUGAAAACCCGAUCUGUGCGACAGAAAAGAACAAUGAUAUCGUUCGAAAGUGAUGACAGCGAGUUGGAUGACGGCCAAGAAAAUGAGUUAGUUGAAGAGACGGAGAGUGAGUACGAAAGUAGCAGCGAGGAAGAAUUUGAGCGUGAGACGCACUGUGCUAUCUGUAAAAGGUCGAACCCACCAGUCGCUUGCAACAAAAUCAUCUGGAUUGGUUGCGAUAAGUGCUUCGCAUGGUUCCAUGGCGGUUGUUCGAGAGCUACAAAGGCGGAAUUGUCAAGUGACACAUAUUUAUGUUACAGUUGUCGAUGUGAAUAAAAAAGGAAAAUAAAAAAUCUCGCUUUUUUAAUGUUUUACCAUUUCCCGCUAAUGAUCUGUAACGACUCAAAAAUGUUUUGUUGGGUCAAUUUUUACGUGUAAUUACGGACACUCUUAAAUUAAGUCAAAACUUGUUGUGAGUCAAAAGUAACGUUUAAACACAAAUUAAAUACAAUAUACCUGCCGCUGACCCUCUAAAAUACAAAAAACAGUGUGUCCGUAAUUAAACCUAGGUGUCCAUAAUUGGACGCAGGCGGUGCUCGGCUAAAAACAGCAAUUGUGGUGAGGCAGGUCCAACAAUGUUCGGAAAAAUGGUUCCAACGUAUAGCCAAUAGAUAAAUCUCCCGUUUAGAACCAUGGGUUCAUUAUUUCGAUGGAUUUUGUUGCGGUAAGACGCAAAAGACCGUAAAAGUGUCCGUAAUUGUACGUUUAUACGCUAUGUGCGUACAGAUGAACAGCCAGGUAUCCAGGCUAGUAAUCAAUGUAGAAUAAUUAUCCAAUUAAGACAAGGGCAUUGCUGGAUCUCACACUGGUGCAUUCGCUUAGCAUAAAAAUUUCAUCAAGGGGGUCUUGAAUCUUCAGGAAACCAAAAAACCUGAUAUUAAGAAAAUAAAUUUAAAUGGAGCUGGCAAAGAAAAAAUUAUUCUUAAAGGUAUUCCGAGGUACGUUAUGAUUCUCUUCUCUGUUAAAAUUUUUAAACUAGCUUUUUUGUGGCAUAUAACCUUGUAACAUAUUAUGUCAGGCACAUUUCGAAUAUUACCAAAACAGAUGUCUUCUUACCGCAAAAUAGAACAAAGUCCUCUAUUGCGAAGGUGACAGAGAAAUGCCAAGUACCCAAUCAUGAAUGAGAUAAAGAAACAUACUGUCAUGCUAGUCAGAAAAUGCUGGGACAAGGCAGUGUGUAGCAAUUUUGAAGAUUUUUUCAAGAUAAGAUUGCACAGUAGAAACACUCAUACAACAAUUACAUUAUGACAAUACCUAGAGUAAGACUUGAAUUAAAUAGAUCUGGUUGUAAAUUUAUGGGACCAAGGAUUUAUAAUAACUUGCCAAUUGAAAGUCGGAUACUUUACCAAGCUUUGUGAAAAAGCACGAAGAGCUAGUAUUUUUAAGUCAUGUUUUAACUUUUAUAUAAUAAUAAUGCUGGUAAAAUGUUCCAUUCAUUAAUAAAUUGAGGAACAAAUGAAAAUUUUCUUUCAUCCAGCCUACUAUGAAGCUUCCAUAUCUUUUUGAGUGUCCUCUUGUCAGUGAAUUCUCACUCAGUUCAAAAAAGUCAUUCAGGUUCAAAUUUUUUUGCCCAUUCAUUAUUUUAAAUACUUUUAUGAGGUCAGCUCUUAAUCUCCUCAUUUCCAGAGACAUCAAAUUACAUUGUUUAAGUCUUUCUUCAUAUGGUAGAUGACCAAUAUCUAUGAUCAUCUUAAUAUAUCUUCUCUGGACCUUUUUAACGUUUUCAACAUUUAAAUGCAAAACCAAAAGCAACUUGUGUAUAUUAUACAAAUCCCUAGUAAGAUUUCAUGUUGAAUACAACAGCAUACAACCACAUUUGUUCUACAGAUUUCUCAUCAAAAUUCCAAUCAACAGUUUGAAAAUAAUUGCUUCAUUUUUUUGUAAUUUCCAUUUCUGUAAUCAUAGUAUUCUUUUUUUCAAUUUGUGAACACAUGUUUUGAUAUGCAAUUUAAAAUUAACUCUAUUCAGGGUGACCACUCCUCCUUAAAUUUCUUAAAUAACCUUAGAAAAAGAAAAUCUUCUUAAAAGUACUUAAUAUACUUAAAAAAAUUGAAAUUUUAGCUAUUCUCCUUAAUUUCUCCUUAUUUCUUAAUUUUUCUGGUCGUAACUUUUUUGGAAAUGUGUUCAUCUAUUGUUCAUCACCAGUGAAAUAAUACAUAUUUCUCUGUUACCUGAAAUCCCUAAUAUUUAGUAGGUUCACUGACAUGUUGAUGCAGAUAACUAUCAAGAACAAGGUCAAGGAAUUAUUUUCUAUCGUUUUGUGCAUGUAGGGUUUGCCAGUCAUUUUAAUUUAUAAUUAAAAUCUCCGCACAAUAUCAAGGUAUCGUUUUCUGCUACUGCUUUUUGAAUGAGGUUUAGCAGGGCUUCCUCUUUAAUUUCAGUUCUAGAAGGCGAGUUGUAACAAACUCCUAAUUUAAUGUUAUUAAAGAUGGGAGAAGGAUCUCCCGAAACGUCGCCUACUAAACCAUCAUGUUCAAGAAAUGAUAAACUUUCCACAGUAAUCCUAAUUUAAUGUUUUCUAUCUUACUUGUGGUUAAAUUAAACUAAAUUGAUGCAGUGUUUGGUGUGGGAGAUAAAAUUUCAUCAUGUGUAGCGUUUAAUGAUUCUUUUACAUAUGCAAUACCUCAUAAAUUACCUAGCGAUAAGUCCCGUCUUUUAGCAUUUGCGUCAGAUUUUUCCUACUACUUGCAGUUACCAUGUAGGCCCUUUCGCUGUGUUUAGGAAGAUAUACCUGGUUAUGUGCCUAAUAAUUUUUUUGUAGAUAUAUAUAUAUGAAUCUAGAUAUAUAUUAAUGAAUAAACAGGAUGUAACUUUUAAAAGAAAGAAAAAGAAACUGGCUGGAAACUCAAACAAUACAAAAAAGAGCAAUUGCUUUUUCAAGUUUAAAUGAAAUGAUCUCUGUCUUACUUGAGAGCAACCCCACCCUUUUUACAACAAUCUCCUAUUUAGCUUAACUCCACGCUUUUUAUUGGGAAAAAUCUUUAAUC